UUAACCGGGGGAAAUACUUUUAGAAUUGUAUAUGCAGAAGUUGCAAAAUUUGAAAUGUGUAAAAAGUUUCCGUAGGGAAAGAAAAAAUCUUCCUUCAUCCUUGAGAUUACCAUGUUAUCAGUUUAUUGCUUAUUUCAGAAAUCAUCCAUCCAUACAUUCAAGAGCACAAUUCAUUUUGAGUUUUAUUCUAAAUAAAUUGGGACUUUAGGACAAGCCGGUGGGAUCUUGUCUGCGGUUAAAACUUGUGACUUCCCUGCUUCCCAAUUAGUGACCCCGCUUCGUGUUUUCCUGCCCUUUACUUUUGGGGGGGACACAUCAGAGUUGCCUGAUUCUGUGGGUUGUCCUGUGGUUUGUGAAGCUGAGAAGUGUCACACUAUGUGGAAGACAAGGUUAAGAACGUGGAAAGAAAAUUUAGAUGCAAAAUCCACAAGUAUUCAAGUGGUGGUUAAAGAGGGUGGCCUGAAGUUGAUUCAGAUCCAAGACAAUGGCACCGGGAUCAGGAAAGAAGACCUGGACAUUGUGUGUGAGCGAUUUACUACAAGUAAACUGCAGUCCUUUGAAGAUUUAAGUCAUAUUUCUACCUAUGGCUUUCGGGGUGAGGCUUUAGCCAGCAUAAGCCAUGUGGCUCACGUUACUAUUACAACUAAAACAGUUGAUGGAAAGUGUGCAUACAGAGCCAAUUACUCAGAUGGAAAACUGAAAGCCCCUCCUAAACCCUGUGCAGGCAAUCAAGGGACCCAGAUUACGGUGGAGGACCUUUUUUACAACAUAUCCACGAGGAGGAAAGCUUUGAAAAAUCCAAGUGAAGAGUAUGGAAAAAUUUUGGAAGUUGUUGGCAGGUAUUCAAUACAUAAUUCAGGCAUUAGUUUCUCAGUUAAAAAACAAGGCGAGACCGUAGCUGACGUUAGAACACUGCCCAAUGCCACAACCGUGGACAACAUUCGCUCCAUCUUUGGAAAUGCUGUUAGUCGAGAAUUGAUCGAAGUUGGAUGUGAGGAUAAAACCCUAGCCUUCAAAAUGAGUGGCUACAUAUCUAAUGCAAACUACUCAGUGAAGAAGUGCAUCUUCUUACUCUUCAUCAACCAUCGUCUGGUAGAGUCAACUUCCUUAAGAAAAGCCAUAGAAACAGUAUAUGCAGCAUAUUUGCCUAAAAACACACACCCAUUCUUGUAUCUCAGUUUAGAAAUCAGCCCUCAGAAUGUGGAUGUCAAUGUGCACCCCACAAAGCAUGAAGUUCACUUCCUGCAUGAGGACAGCAUUCUGGAGCGGGUGCAGCAGCACAUCGAGAGCAAGCUCCUGGGCUCCAACUCCUCCCGGAUGUACUUCACCCAGACUUUACUACCAGGUCUUGCUGGCCCCUCUGGGGAGGUGGUUAAAUCCACAGCGCCUGUGAACCCUGCAUCGACUUCUGGAAGUGGUGACAAGGUCUAUGCUUAUCAGAUGGUCCGUACAGAUUCCCGGGAGCAGAAGCUCGACGCCUUUCUGCAGCCUGUGAGCAAGGCCCCAUCUAGUCAGCCCCAGAACAUUGCCCCAGAAGACAGGGCAGAUGCUCCCGGCAGAGCCAUGCAGCAAGAUGAGGAAAUGCUUGAACUCCCAGCUCCUGCUGAAGUGGCUGCUAAGAAUCAGGGCUCGGAGGGGGAUGCCACAAAGGAAACUUCAGAAACGUCAGAGAAGAGUGGGUCUCCAUCCAGUCUGGGCAACCCCAGAAAGAGACAACGGGAAGGCUCUGAUGUGGAAAUGGUGGAAGAUGAGUCCAGAAAGGAAAUGACAGCGGCUUGUACCCCCCGGAGGAGGAUCAUUAACCUCACCAGUGUUUUGAGUCUCCAGGAAGAAAUUAAUCAGCGGGGACAUGAGACUCUUCGGGAGAUGUUGCAUAACCAUUCCUUUGUGGGCUGUGUAAAUCCUCAGUGGGCCUUGGCACAGCAUCAGACUAAGUUAUACCUUCUCAACACCACCAAACUCAGUGAAGAGCUGUUCUACCAGAUACUCAUUUAUGAUUUUGCAAAUUUUGGUGUUCUGAAGUUAUCGGAGCCUGCACCACUCUUUGACCUUGCCAUGCUCGCCUUAGAUAGUCCUGAGAGUGGCUGGACAGAGGAAGAUGGUCCCAAAGAAGGACUUGCUGAAUACAUUGUUGAGUUUCUGAAGAAAAAGGCUGAGAUGCUUGCAGACUACUUCUCUUUAGAAAUCGAUGGGGAAGGGAACCUGAUUGGUUUACCCCUUCUGAUUGACAACUAUGUGCCUCCUUUGGAGGGUUUACCUAUCUUCAUUCUUCGACUAGCCACGGAGGUGAAUUGGGAUGAAGAAAAGGAAUGUUUUGAAAGCCUCAGUAAAGAAUGUGCUAUGUUUUACUCCAUUCGGAAGCAGUAUAUAUCUGAAGAGUCGACCCUCACAAGCCAGCAGAGUGAAAUGCCUGGCUCCACUCCAAAGCCCUGGAAGUGGACUGUGGAACAUGUUGUCUAUAAAGCCCUCCGCUCACACCUUUUGCCUCCUAAUCAUUUCACAGAAGAUGGAAAUAUCCUGCAGCUUGCUAACCUGCCUGACCUAUACAAAGUUUUUGAGAGGUGUUAAGUAUGGUCUCCUGUGGACUCGGGUGUUUUUUGUUUUCCUUUACAUCCUAAUGUUGGUUUUAAACACUUAUAUUUGCCUUCUAAUUAGUUAACUCUUCUUUGUGCAUGGGGGAUUGAUAUGAAUAAAUUGUCAGAUGUGCCCUAAUGUGAUUUCUUCUUAAAUUUCACUACAUUUAAAGUCUACUUCUUAAUCAAUUUUUACAUAGUAAAUAUGUGAUGGUGCUGAAGAACCCCAAAAGUAGUUUGAAAGCCAUCUGGACAUCUAAUAAUUCUAAAAAGGCCUUCCUUGAAGAUUUAAUAGAUCAAGCUCUGAUUUGAUUCUUUAUUGUGAUAAAUUUCUAAUACCAGGUAGUACAUGUUAUGUUGGUUCAAGUGCCUCUUAAAAGAGAUCCUGAACAUGUAAGAGACUCUGAUGACACUGACUAUGGAGACAGCCUAAUAGUACCUUCAAUAACUAAUGGAAAAAACUUGAGAAAAGGAACAGUCCUUUAUCCAGUCUAUAAGUGGCACACUUUGUUAAUGGCUGUGAGUAUGAAUACUAUCUGCUUAAGAUAAAGAAAGCUCUAUGUAUUCCUGUUUGAAGGAUGAUGUAAAAGUAUGUAAACUAUGCCAUUAAAAUGAGCUACCUUGGUAUUACCCUGCAAAAACACAUGUGCAGUCAGCACAGGAAGAAUGCUUGUAGUUUUGAGGUAAAAUCUAGAUUAUAAUACUCUGAAGAAAAGCCUGUGGACAAGAAUAGAAAACUACUGAAAAGAGGUAGAACCAUUCUACUUGAAAAAGACAGGACAGCAGGAUGGAAGACAUAUUUGACAUGUACCUCAAGAGAGGCAAAAAUUAGGUUCUAAAAAGUAGACCAGGGCAUCUCAGAGUGAGAUUCCACAUGUCCAGGAGGAGCACAGGCUAAGUGACCAAGAGUGGAGAGAGGAAGAGGGGUUUCUGAGGCCCCCUGAGCUGGCCACCCUGUGUUCAGAUGUGGGAUUCUAGGAUGCAUCUGCACUUCAGAACAGCUCCCUCCCCAACCCCACACAACUGCUGUUACUUCUAGGGAAAAAUUUUUUAGGAAAUCAUCUCAAUUCAGGCAAUUGGGGUCCAUAUUUUAAAAACAAAGGUCUAAUUACUCUAAAGGGAAUAAAUAUUAAAGAUUUUAUUCACAUUUGAGUUAACUUUUAUUAUCUAGUUUCAAGUCUAAUUUUACUAUAUGGCCUUAAUUCAUUAGACUUUUGCCAGUAUUUUUUCUGUGUAAACACACUGACGAUACAACAACAGUAAAAACACCUUAAUUCUGAGAACAAAGAACCACAAAUUCUGCAAAGUGACUAUACUCAAUAAAAAUUGACCUGGGUACCUUUAAAGA